UCCACCAAAGCAGAAAAUGUAUACUGGACGGACUUCUUGGACAAACCUGUCCACAAUUCAAAAAAUAGCACUGGGUCUUGGGAUCCCAGCCAGUGCCACCAUUGCCUAUAUCCUCUACCGCAGGUACAGAGAGAGCCGAGAAGAGCGACUGACAUUUGUUGGGGAGGAUGACAUCGAGAUAGAGAUGCGGGUUCCACAGGAGGCUGUGAAGCUCAUCAUUGGGCGGCAAGGAGCCAACAUUAAACAGCUGCGGAAGCAGACAGGUGCUCGGAUUGAUGUGGACACAGAAGAUGUGGGUGAUGAACGCGUGCUGCUCAUCAGUGGUUUCCCUGUUCAAGUGUGCAAGGCUAAAGCGGCAAUCCAUCAGAUCCUGACAGAGAACACGCCAGUGUGUGAGCAGCUCUCUGUUCCCCAGAGAUCCGUGGGCAGGAUCAUAGGGAGAGGUGGCGAGACAAUUCGUUCCAUCUGUAAGGCCUCUGGAGCUAAGAUUACCUGUGACAAAGAAUCAGAGGGGACGUUACUACUAUCAAGACUCAUAAAAAUCUCAGGAACCCAAAAGGAAGUGGCAGCAGCCAAGCAUUUGAUACUAGAGAAAGUGUCUGAAGACGAAGAGCUCCGAAAAAGAAUUGCCCAUUCUGCAGAAACCAGAGUCCCACGCAAGCAGCCAAUCAGUGUGAAGAGAGAGGAAGUGGCAGAGCCUGGAGGAGGGGGCGAUUUGGCAUUGUGGAGAAACACUGGUUCUAGCAUGGGGGAGCUGGCGCCCCUGGAGGUUGCUCCCUACAAAGGAGGUGUUGACAUUGAUGAUGUGGGGCCACAAGAGAGUUCCUCGGAGAACCCCAGUGAUGACAGCUUAAAGAACAGUGCAGACCAGACCAGUCCAGAGACAUCCAUGUUUCAAAUUCCCAGUCCUGACUUCAGCUUCCAUGCGGAUGAGUACCUGGAAGUCUACGUCUCGGCCUCUGAACACCCAAACCAUUUUUGGAUCCAAAUCCUUGGAUCCAGGAUGCUGAUGUUGGAUAAGCUUAUCACUGAGAUGACACAGUAUUAUGAGAACAACACAACCGGGGAGUUUACAGUGAAACUGGGGGACAUCGUAGCAGCACCAUUACAUGCAUGUCGCACCUGGUAUCGAGCCCGGAUUGAUGGCAUUUUGGAGAAUGGGGAAUAUGACCUCUACUUUGUUGACUUUGGAGAUAAUGCAGAUUUCCCACUGUCGGAACUCCGGCCUCUCAGGAGUGAUUUCCUGAGUCUGCCAUUCCAAGCGAUAGAAUGUAGUUUGGCAGGGAUUGGCCCCGCAGGUGGAGAAUGGGAGGAAGAAGCUUUGGAUGAGUUUGACAGACUUACCUACUGUGCUGAAUGGAAGCCCCUAGUGGCCAAGAUUUCUAGCUAUGUCCAGUCUGGCACGGACACUUUGCCGAAGAUCUACCUUUAUGAUACUAGCCUCGGCAUGGAUGUUGAUAUUGGGUACCAAUUAGUUUGUAAAGGAUAUGCAGUUGAGCUUCCUGAAGACAGGGAAGAAGACAGGGAUGGGGCCACAGAAACGUAUGUCUCUGGGAGCGUGGUCACAGAUACCAGGAAGAGCCCUGGUGAGAUGGCACACACCCUCUCCUGCCUCAGCAUUUCAGAAGCGGCCUCUAUGACUGGUGACGAUAACCUGGAAGAGAACGACUUGCUGUGAAGUCCAGGCUUCAGCUGGCUCAACCAUCUCCCAGCUUUGCGAGUGGAGCUGUCCUCUAGCCACUGGAAGCAGGGGCCUUGCCUUAUCAACCACCACCACUUCUCCUCAAUUUGCAUUAAGCUCUUUCAAGCCCCAUGUCUCUUUUUGGCAGAGUCUGGUGUCUGGAGAAGGAGUCUAUGAUGGAGAGAUCUAGGCGGUCUGUCCUCAAUUUCACAGGCAUUCUGGCUUGCUGUGGAGCAUUUUCUCCUUCCUUUGGACUACAGAGGGAGGCAAAGCAUCCCCUCCCCUUACCCACCCCUCAGUGAUGAUGGAUGUACUGCUUCCAGACCCUUCCAUGUUAGGCUCCAUCCGUCUGCCAGCUGUAAUGUGCAUUCCUGCAGGGCUGAGAAACGGCCAGGUUUAGUCAGUGGAAGUAAUGCUUCUGCAGCCGUCUGACUCACCCUAGCAGGUGAUUGGUCAGUGGCAAACCAAAAACCUGAGGGACUCAACCUGUGCUUGAGUCAGUUAAGGCCACAAUCAGCGUGAUCCUAUGAAAAAGCUUCAGGAAGUAAAAGUACCACCUCACAGCUUCAAUUGCUGAUGCUGAGAAAGAUUUUGAAAUAGUGUGUCAGCUAUUUCUCUGCAGAGUUUAGUUAGGAGAGAAGAAACUCAGGAAAUAGUCAACGAUUGUUAGCACAGUGCCUGUGUGAAUAUUUGUACACCCAGAAAACUUUAUAUACUUCUGUUAACAUUAUUUGGGGAAUUCUUUAUUGAAUAAAGAUUUCAAAAAACU